CUCAUUCUAAUCAUUGUUUUUUGAGGUUUUGAUCUCCAGCAGCAUCAUGCCUGAACCAGCGAAGUCCGCGCCGAAGAAAGGUUCCAAGAAGGCCGUCACUAAGAUCGCCGCUAAAGGAGGAAAGAAGCGCAGAAAGUCCAGGAAGGAGAGCUACGCCAUCUACGUGUACAAAGUGCUGAAGCAGGUUCAUCCUGACACCGGGAUCUCUUCGAAGGCGAUGGGCAUCAUGAACUCUUUCGUCAACGACAUCUUCGAGCGCAUCGCCGGUGAGUCGUCUCGUCUCGCUCACUACAACAAGCGCUCCACCAUCACUUCCCGAGAGAUCCAGACCGCCGUGCGUCUGCUGCUGCCCGGGGAGCUGGCCAAACACGCCGUGUCUGAGGGUACCAAGGCCGUCACCAAGUAUACCAGCUCCAAGUAGAGCUCCGCUGCAGUUCUCACACACACAAAGGCUCUUUUAAGA